GACGAGAAAAUCGCUUCCGAACACCACCAGUACCUCUGUCGAAUUUCGCCUUGCUUGCGCGGAUUAUAGAGUACACCGAGUAAUAAAGUGUUCUCAUAGUCCAAUCGUUAAGCCGUUGCUUUUGGGUGUUUGAUGACAUGACAUGAUUCAUUUUGCCUGUUCGUAUGCUCUCCUGAUAUCGGUUUUUGACACGUCCACGAGCAGGGCCAAUGACAGGAUUGCCGACGGCGGCUAUGCGUACCAACCGUACAUGAGCGACGCGGAGAUCGCACCAUUCACAAUGGAAACGGGGAAAAGCACCACUCAAUCACGUUCGAACUUUACUGUGUCUUCCGGUCACCCGUGCCUCAAAACACAAUACUGCAGCCGUUUCUAUGCAAAUAGGCGCUCACGGCGUCUCCAAUGCUGGGUGGGAGUGUGCGCAUGGAAAUAGUUGAGGCACACUGCGGUUUCUCUGACUUGAUCAUUGGUAAUGCUUGACGGGUUGUCCUCGUGUUGCUCGGAGUAUAGCAUGUGCUACUAAGAGUACCAACUUUGUUUUCUAAUCAAUGUAGACAUGGC